AUGGGCCCUGAUGUAAACUGGAAUAACUAUGGAAACGUGGGACAACUUUUUAUUUCGGCUCUCAAUAAAACUUGGGUGGCUGUUCAACCGACCCUAUUAAAUCCACCAACAAGCGACUAUAAGGUCACAUUCACUGGCUACUCGCUUGGAGGUGCGAUUGCAGCCUUAUCGGCAAUGUUGACCUUCGAAGAAAAACUGAGAUCACCAGAAAAGGUAGGUGCACUUUGA